AUGCAGCGGUUUCCUGUCAUUGGCUUUGCUCUCUGUCCAAGCCUUGAUCGGUGGCAGUCUCGCGGCAAAGAGACCGUGGCUCCCAAGCUCGCUCUGACGGCGCAGGCUACUUUCCCUGCUUCCGAGAUCUUCGGUGUCAAGAUUGUUAACGGUUACCCAACCCAGGCGCUUGUCGCUUUCACCAAUGAUGAGCCUGCCCCCGUGAAGGUGAACUUCAUCGGUGGCACCUUGUCCACCCUAGAUGAGGAGAACAGCGUGAUCGUGCGGAACUUGACUGCAACUGGAUACAGUGUGGAAAUUCCCGCUGGCGAGACGGAGACCCUGAGCUACCAGAUUACCACCGAGAUGCAUCCCCAGGACCUCAGACUUAGCCUUGCUUCCAUAAUCUCCGACAAUGAGGGCAGAUUCUACACAGUCUACGCCUACAAUGGCACCGUCAGUGUUGUGGAGCCCGAAACUAGCUUCUUCGACCCCCAGAUUCUUUUCCUGUAUUUCUUCCUCCUGGCCUGCUUCUCCGGUGUUGUCUACUUCUUCUACACUGUCUGGGUUGCUCCGUACUUCCCUCAGAAGCGCAAGAGCGGAAAGGGUGCUGAGUACACCAAGAAGACUUCUGGUGCUGCGAAGAAGGCCGAGACCGUCGAACCCAGCAGCCCAGCAGUCUCAUCGGCGACCACCUACAAUGCUGACUGGAUUCCCGCCCACCACAUUAACCGCCCUGAGGCCCGGAAGGUGAAGGGUAACACCCGAUCCAAGAGCCGUGCUUAA